AUGGAAGACACCCCUGAAGGCUAUAAGCCUUCGAGUACAGACACCCCCCCCCCAAGGAGAGAGGCAAUACAUCCUAUCGUUCAUCAUGAAUAUUCCUCUUCUUAUCUUAUUUCUAGGGGGAAGAGGGGCAGCAGGAAAUUUCUACCAUGGGGGGCGGUUAUAUCCAUUUCUACAGCUGCCGUUCUUGCCUUUCUCAUGUUAAAGUGCUUCAAUUCACUAGGUCUUGAGGCAGCUAACCAAGAUAUUUGGUCUUUGGGGGGCCCCUGGGGGGCCCCUAGGAGGUUGGCAGGGGGAGGAGGGCACUCCGAAUUGCCAUCAGGAUGCAACUAUGGAGAGGGCGAUGAGGCGAUGGAUACUUCCCCUGAUCCUGAAGGUGAAGCAGCUCCCAUGGAGACAGAAGGAGCAACCGGAGUACAAGGAGAUGCAGCAACAGCAGCAGCAGCAACAGCAGCCGGAGUUGAAACAGGAGCAUCUGGAGGUGGAGGACUACAACAACAACAACGAGGCCAAGGAAGAGCAGCACCAUUAGCAACAUUCGAUGGUGGCCUAGAACAGGGCUUUGAAGAUAUAAAUGACGAAUUAGAAGAAUUAGCAGAAGAAUUACAAGACGAUGAAAACUUUGAUGGCGUCUUUCUUUCACCAAUUUCAUCAUCUGAUGAUUGGUCUGAUGAUUGGGGUUCUCUUGGCAGUGCGUCGGAUGAUGAAGGACGUGACGAAUUGACUUCAGGAACAAGAGAAACCCAAUCUCCAUCACGACACUCUCCCGUGCCAUCAACGUCUUAUGCACCUGUCGAUAGUGGUGAAGGACACUCCAAAACCUCCACACCCAGCAUUGUGCCGCCAGCACGAGGAGGUCCUGAUGAGGGAGCAGCAGGCGCAGCUGCUCCUGAUGCUUCUCAUGAUGCACCUGCUGAUUACCCACCGCACCCGUCUACCUCUUCGAGCGAGGGAAGUGGUGUUACAUAUGAUGAAGAGAAAUGGGUACCAGAGUUCAGUGCAGGAUCAGGAGAGAAGGUACCGAUGAUAUGGUUAGGACCUGGCAAAACAUCUGUACCUCCUCAGGAUAUUCAACAGGCUUUGGCUGCUGCUCUGAAAUCUUCUGCUUCCGGUGAAGGCGUUACAUAUGAUGAUGAGAAAUGGGUACCAGAGUACAGUUCAGGAUCAGGAGAGAAGGUACCGAUGAUAUG